GACACCAGCAAUGUCCCAGUAAGAUUUUAUUAUUUACAUGUUGUUGUCAUGUUAAAGCAAGUGGCAGUGAGAACAAUGCGUCGCUGUUUGUUUAUUUAGGAUGGCGUGAAUCCAAGGAGCUGUUCGAUGGGUUUGUACCGCCACUCGUCCGCUUCCAGCUCCUCCACCAAGCUCGCUAGCUUCUCCAUCCGGGACACCUGUUGGUCUGCCGAGAACCAGAAGGGUAAGUAUACAGCACCUUCCUGGGGGGAAUGAGUUCCGAGGCGCUGAACCCGGAGCCGGUCACCGAGCUCCCGCUUACGCCUCCAGCCGAGGAGGACGAAGAAGACGCCGCCAUGACCUUAAAAGAUUGUGCCUGUCACUUUAAUAUCUAUCAUUGAAGCUCCGCAAGUAAUGCAAAGGCGUUGUCAUGAUAACCACGUUAGCUUGAGCUACCUCCUUUGAUAGCCAUUCUGAAAUAAUGCUAGCAAAUCAGUCUGUUAAUAACACGAAAGGUAAUACAGUUGCCAUGUUAGCUGGCAAUAUAUCUUACCGUCAAAAAAAAGCUUAAAACGUUGAUUUGAUCCGCCUGCUUUGUGAUGUUUGUUUGGAUUCCUUUGCAACAGUUUACGACAGUGACUGGAAGUUUUACGGCUGAAGUGUUUUAAGUGCGUUUUUUCUCUUUAAGCAGCCCGUGAUUGGUCAAAACACGCGCUUCUUCCGCUUUACAACCCAAAAGUGCGACCAUGUAUAGAUCAAACAGUGAUGUGGAUGGCGGGAAGGCUUUUCAAAAUGGCGUCUCCAUCUUUGUUUGUAGAUCUACUAAAACGUCCUAGCAACUGAUUCUAUACUUCGCAAGCUAAGCUAACAUAUGUAGUUAGUGACACAUUUCCAACAUGGAUGUUUUACGACCUCCCCUGGUUAAUAUACAUGGCAGAUUAUACCGAAAGAACAUCACUAAAGAAGAACACUAUGAAGAAGAAGAGGAUUUCUCCUAUUCUGGACCACCAGGUAAAUCGAUCUAUCCGUGCGUCUUCGGACCAGAAAGCGAGGAGUUUGACACAGAGGAAUCAUGUGACACACAUGUAAUUGAACAGACGGAUAGAGGUUUCCAAAGUGCCAUUGACGUGCCAAGUGUUCUAUACAAAUACAUCAUCGGGAAAAAAGGAGAAACACGUAAACGCCUGGAGUCUGACACCAAAACAACCAUUACCAUCCCAAAACAAGGAGUGGAAGGACAGAUUGUCAUUACAGGGUCACACAAAGUUGCGGUCUCAUCUGCCAUCACGAGAAUUGAAAUCCUAGUCGACAAUUUCCGCAAGAAGCAACCGUUUACGCAUUUCUUGUCGUUCCCAAUCAACGAUCCCAAAAUCCAAGACGGUUUCCUGAGAUUUAAAGAUGACGUCCUGGAGAAGUGUUCGCAGGAUCACAGAGUGGAUGAGAGCAUCUUUCAGAACCCUGCAAAGCUUCACCUGACCAUCGGUACUCUCACGCUCUUGGGUGACACGGAAGUGAGGAACGCGUGCACGCACCUCCAGGAGUGUGAAAACAUUAUCAGAGACAUCACAGAAGGUAAGCCUAUGCCUUUAGAGGUCAGGGGGCUGGAAUAUAUGAACGACGAUCCGGCCAUGGUGGACGUCCUGUACGCUAAAGUCAACAUCAAAGACGGCUCUGAUAAUUUGCAGGUUGUCGCGGAUCGCCUGGUGGAGUAUUUUGUCUCCGUGGGGCUGAUGGUGAGACAGUGGGACCGAGUCAAGCUGCACGCCACCGUGAUGAACACGUUGUUCAGAAAGGACUCCACGGGGGAAGAAGAGGUCAGUGGACUGGGAAGACAAACCACGUACGAACGAGAGGCUUUUGACGGCAGAAACAUUUUAAAGAUAUUCGCAGCCUAUCAUUUCGGCGAUGUGGAACUGAACACGGUGUCUCUGUCGCAAAGAUACUCAACGGACUGCACGGGCUACUACGCCUCUGCAGGAAGCAUCAAGUUCUCCUGAGGUAUCACGGCCCCCAGACUGUGUGUUCCAAGAGUGGAGUUUAGAGAAUUCGGACAAUAUGGGCAGUCACACCGCGGAUGUGUGCACUUAGUGUUUUAUCCAGUAGGGGGCAGCAAUGUUCUUGUUUUUGGUUCUGUUUGUAAAUCAACAAAUUGUAUGGAGGCUGUUAGAAUUGGAACACCAUUCAUUCAUUAAUUUUCUACCGCUUAUCCUCACAAGGUUGGGGGGUGCUGGAGCCUAUCCCAGCUGUCUUGGGGCGAGAGGCGGGGUACACCCUGGACUGGUGGCCAGCCAAUCACAGCGCACAUAUAGACAAACAACCAUUCAUACCUAUGGACAAUUUGGAGUCGCCAAUGAAGCUAAUACAGAGAUGGCCGAGGGUGGAAUUGAACCCGGGUCUCCUCACUGCGAGGCCUGCGUGCUAACCACUCGUCCACCGUGCAGCCCAUUUUCCAGACGAAUGCACAAAAUAAUCAUCAAACUUACAUAUUUGUUUAUACAAUGAACACAUUCACACUCUGUCACCUUUCUGCUCGUGUUAGGUGCAAAUUGUUGCUAAUUUUUAUUUACAUACCCCCUAUUGCAAUUAGUGUAGCCCACUUUGAAUAUAGGUAGUGAAAAGUAGUGAAAUUAAUAAUAAAAAAUGAGUAUAUUCUAUUAUAAUUUUAUAAUAAUAGCUUUUAUACAAUAUAUUACUGCAAAAACAGAACCUUUUUUUUAAUUAUUAGACAUCACCUUUUUGUUUUGUGCUUUAACUUCAUCAACCAGGGCUCAAUUUGCAUAUUCAAUUCCAUGCCACCUUUCCAAAUGUCCCAUUUUAAUACAGAGCCUAUUUCAAAUUAUUCGAUCAGUGUCACACUCGGGCAUUCAGACCCUCGCUCUCCAAUGGCCAAAGCGUUAUUAUGAAAAACUAAUAUCUGCUUCUUGCACAAUGUGACCUUUUUAAAGAUGUGUGAUUUGUCCAAAAAAGUAAAAGCACCGGUUGUUAGCGAAA